GGGAGCGGGCGACGGAGCCAGCAGCACCGGCGGCCACUGCAGCAACAGCGCGAUCAGUGGGACAAAGGGGCCGUCCUGGGGGGGAACAAAAGCGGAUCGGAACCGGGGUCUGGCUCGCUCGGGAGCGCUGGAAGCGGAGUGAAGCCACUACCCCGGGAAGAAAGGCUGGGCGGCCAGCAAGACCGGCUCCCAGCCUUGGAAGCGAAGGAAGAGACAAACAAACAAAAAGAGGAGGAGUUUCCAAUCCGGUUCUGAUUCGGUGCCAACUCUCUCUCCCCUUUUGCAAGAGCAGGCAAGACCUCGACCCGGUUCGCACGUGGCUUUCGGGCAAGAAAGGAGCGGGGGGAAGAAAGGAGCGGAGGAUCCUUUCUGCGCUCCUUGGGCCCGUUCGGAGGAGUCGGUUCUGGUCCCGGUUCGGGACGGGCGAGAAGCGGACGCACUUUGUCUCCAGUUUCCCAUUACGGGUGGGGCGGGGAAGAAAACUGAGCCGGGAAGUGAGAUCAAAGAAAGCGGAUCCGAUUCUGGUGCCGGUUCGGUUCUCAAAACCCGGCGAGAGGUGUGGAGGAUUCGGUUUUUCCCUCGCACGUGGCGCCGGUUCGGGAGGAGACCAGAAAGGCUCCUCGGAGCCCCGGAGCGAGGUCUGAAAGCGGAGCCACUCCUUUCCCCUCCCUUCCCUGCCUCCUGCUUUCCCUUCUUUUGCGCUCCGCCGGUGCCGGUCGGGUUCGGAUGGCGGCGCCUUGCAGCCCGGAGAGCGGACCGGCGGCCCCGGGAGGGACGGGCCCCCGGGUCUAUUUCCAAAGCCCCCCGGCCAGAGAAGGGGGCGCGGAGGAAGAGGAAGGCCCGGUGCGGCGCCAGGGCCGGGUGACUGUGAAAUAUGAUCGCAAAGAGCUCCGCAAGAGGCUCCACUUGGAAGAAUGGAUCCUAGAACAGCUGACGGUGCUCUAUGACUGCCAGGAAGAGGAGAUCCCAGAAUUAGAAAUCGAUGUCGACGAAUUGCUGGAUAUGGAAAGCGAUGAAUCUCGCAGCGCCAGGGUGAAGGAACUCCUGGUGGACUGUUACAAGCCCACAGAGGCGUUUGUAGCAGACUUGCUAGACAAGAUCCGUGGGAUGCAGAAAUUAAGCACUCCGCAGAAGAAGUGAAUUGACACGCGGGAUCUUCCACCACUGUCCCCCCCACCCCGCCUUCCACGUGGAGGUUGUUAUUAAAACUCUGCUGUUUGAGGGAAGGGGGGUGAUUUCAAAACCGACGGGAGGCUGGUGGAGAAUCAGUUAUUGCUUCCCCCCAGGAAAGAGCAGGGAGACCCUCUUUUUUGGGGGGGAUGCUUCGAUAAUCAAAACCAUCUGGACACCUUUUUUAGCAAUAUCUACCUGUUCCUCCCUGACGUCCUUCCCUCGGCUUGUGUGUUUGGGGUGGGGGGGAAGGAGAAAGAGGGGGAGAGAAAAGGGUAGGAUCUUGAAAUUUUUUUUAGAAUGUUUUGAUUUUUUUUAAUUG